AUGUGUAUAAUCCUUAAGGGUGGAAUAUCUGAUUCUACAAAACAUUGGGCAGCGGAUUACCUGGUCAUCAACAACUUCAGUUCGGUGAAGAAGGUAGAGCUCUGUUUCUGGGGAAAAUUUCCAGUAGCACCCACUACUGGCCCAGGCGCUUUUAAGAACCGUGAUAACAUUCCACGGUACAAUGAACUAUUAGAUGAGUUCGAAGAAUCAGACACACCAUUAUACACCGAAAGGAGCCGCGUGUUCUUUAUGUGGAGCAAAUGCUUGUGGAUAGCAUAG